GUGCCAGCCGGAGCUCAUACCCACUGCAGCAUUCACAGCACAAUGAAAUAUCUCUGUCUUUGGCCGGCUCCGGUCAGCACUGGCCUGCUUUUUCUUUGUAGUGUGCAUGUGAAUGAGCGCAUCUGAAGGUUAGCAUAUUUCUUCAUGUGUAUUUCUAAGCGGGCGUGGGUGUGUGUGCACGUGUGUAAAGUCUGUCGGAGCCGCAGUGUGCGGAGCUCUGAGCCUAGAGCCAAGCCAGGCAUUGCCAGAGGGAGCGCCUGCUAUGUAGGGCGACGGGCAAGCUGGACGCCAGUGGAAUAUCAACGCAGAGCUGCCGCCACUCCUCCCAGCAGCCCACCUGCCCACUCGCUUCACUCCAGAGAGAGAGAGAGACGGACAGUGGGAGAGAGGGAAAAGGAGGGGGUUGCAGGAAAUUGCCAGUUUUGCAGAUGUCACUCCCAUGAUUCCAAGCAUGGCUGGGUUUAUUCGGGGAAAAAAAUUUUCGUGCAGUGCUGCGUGGAGGACGGGCGCGGUAUGAGCAGAGAGACAGCUGCCCUGACAGAUGCCAGGAGGCAGGACCCCACUGGGGAGCAGGGGGGGACGGAGCUGGCACUCUCUCACCCCAACGGAAACACCAUGGGCUGCGGAGGAAGUGGGCAGGGGGAGAGACCCUGUUUGUGUGGAGCCCAUCAUAGUGCCAGCCGGCUGGCGCUUCAGGGUGCUGGACUACGCAGGCAGCAGUUGUGGGGGUCUGUUAAGUUGGAGAUCUCCACAGCGAUGGCGACGUGUCUUCCUUCACUGCAGCAACUCAUUGGGUUUGCUUAUUCACGCCUCACCCUCAGCCACAGGCCUGGGCCCUCAGGCAUUCUGCCUCCCACAGCGCUGGAGCCUCUCCUCUUCUCCUUCUUCCUCUCACUCUUCCACACCCUGAGGAGAAAAGUCGAGCAAGGUCGCUGCUGA